AUGGGCACCGAAAGUAAAACCGAGACCGUGCAAAUCGUCAUAGACUCGCUCCUAGCGGCAGGAGUCAAAUACGUCUUUGGCGUCCCGGGCGCAAAAAUUGACUCCGUCUUCAACGGCCUCGUCGACCACAAGGAGAUCAAACUCGUAGUCUGCCGCCAUGAACAAAAUGCCGCAUUCAUCGCCGGAGCCAUCGGAAAGAUCACAGGCCGUCCUGGCGUCUGCAUCGCAACAUCUGGACCGGGAACCAGCAAUCUAGUUACCGGUCUCGUCACUGCUACUGAUGAGGGCGCGCCUAUGGUCGCUAUCGUGGGGAGUGUGCAGCGGUCGCAUAUGCUGAAGAAGACGCAUCAGAGCUUGAGAGGCAUUGAGCUGCUUACGCCGGUUACUAAGAAGGCAGCCGGUGCGACCGUUGAGGAUCAGGUGGCUGAGAUUAUGCUUGAUGCUUUUCGUGAGGCUACUACUUAUCCUCAGGGUGCAACGGCUGUUAGUCUUCCUAUCGAUAUCAUGCUCACUGGAGUCAGCAGGUCUACCAUUCCUGCUUUCCCAUCCAGCGCUUUUGUGUCACCCAACUACGGACCGUCAUCGGAGCAGACCAUUGAUGAAGCGAUCAAAAGGAUACAGGGGGCAAAAGCACCAGUUCUGUUCCUAGGCAUGCGCGCAGCAGAUCCGGGUGUGAUUGAUGCAGUCCAGCGAUUCUUGCAAAAGCACCCUAUGCCUGUCGUUGAGACAUUCCAAGCCGCUGGAGCUAUCUCAAAAGAUUUGUUCCAUCUCUUUUACGGCAGAGUUGGCCUAUUCCGCAAUCAGCCGGGAGAUAAGCUCCUAGCCCUCUCUGACUUGGUCAUUACUGUUGGAUUUGAUCAGGCAGAAUAUGACGCGGAUGUUUGGAACGCCGCUAAUCAUCUUGAUAUCCUCCAUCUUGACUUUCUUCCUGCUGAUUGGGGGUACUUCUAUGCACCCAAGCUGGAAAUCAUCGGGUCGCCAGCACAGAAUCUUGAUAUUUUGAGCGGCAAGCUCGAUAAUGCCGCAAGACUACAGGAGACGGAAAAGGCCAAGGCUAUCCUAGAUGAACUCCACGACUGGAAAAAAAGUCCCGAAGCCAAUGCAAACGAUCCCACCGGCCGCGUUCAUCCUCUCUACUUUAUCCGCCAGCUGCAAGAGAUGAUGCCAGAGUUCACGACAGUUGCUGUGGACGUGGGAAGUGUAUAUAUCUGGAUGUGCCGCUACUUCUACUCUUACAAACCCAAGACCUUUUUGGUUUCCAACGUCCAGCAGACUCUCGGAGUUGCCAUGCCUUGGGCAAUUGGGGCGUCUCUAUGUCAAUCCCCUCCAUGCUCAAGCAAAGUCGUCAGUAUCAGUGGCGACGGUGGAUUUAUGUUCAGCUCCCAGGAGCUCGUCACAGCUGUUCAACAAGGCUGCAACAUCACACACUUCAUAUGGAACGACGGGAGGUAUAACAUGGUUGAGUUUCAGGAAGCUAAGAAGUACGGACGGAGUGCUGGUGUCAACCUGGGCGGUAUGGACUUUGUCAAGUUUGCUGAGGCAUCUGGUGCGAAGGGCUUCCGCGUUGACUCACCAUCGGAUUUGAAGAGUGUAAUGAAGGAGGCACUGGAGUUUGAAGGGGUAUGUCUUGUGGAUGUGAACAUUGAUUACUCGCAGAACCUUGCAUUGAUGGAGCAAGUAGACCUUGGUGCUAUUGCUUAG